GCCCCUCCGACUCGCUUACAGAGGCUGAGCACUUACAGUGGAAACAACCUAGCUCGGUGUCGUCUGAGGUCCCUGCCUACGACGCACCCACCAUGGCGUCUGCUGUCCUCGGGCUGACGCCGCGCUGGGUGAUGUUCCUCGGUGCCGUGCUGCUGUUGCUUCUGCCCGGAGCCUCUGCGCAGGAGCCUCCAGGAGUGGGUUGCUCUGAGUACACAAACAGAUCCUGCGAAGAGUGCCUCAGGAAUGUCUCGUGUCUCUGGUGCAACGAGAACAAGGCGUGCCUGGACUACCCAGUGAGGAAAAUCUUGCCCCCUGCCUCUCUUUGUAAAUUGAGCUCCGCUCGCUGGGGCGUAUGCUGGGUGAACUUUGAGGCCCUGAUCAUCACCAUGUCGGUGCUUGGGGGCUCUGUGCUCCUGGGCAUCGCCGUGUGCUGCUGCUGCUGCUGCCGCCGAAAGAGAAGCCGGAAGCCAGACAAGAGCGAUGAGCGGGCCAUGAGGGAGCAGGAGGAGAGGAGAGUGCGGCAGGAGGAGAGGUGAGGCUGGGCUCCUCGCUCAGGAG